CGGCCACACGGCGGCUUGGGGGAGGACGCUAUCAGAGGCACACAAGAAAAUAUGGCGUCCUGGCGGUUCAAGGUCAGCAAGUACAAGAACGCGACCCCCAUCGUACCCAAGAAAGAGGACUGCCUGACCGACCUCAAAGUGGGCAACCCUCAGUCCUGCGGCAGCCAUGUGCGCGCAUCGGCGGCGUUUGUGGCGCACACAGUGGAGAACAGAGGAGGUGGCAGUGUUGGCAUAGUGCCGCUGGGCUCGUGCAAAGGAAGGCAGGCACCCAAUGCACCGUUGAUCCAAGCACACACCGACUUUGUGACAGACUUCGCCUUCUCUCCUUUCCACGAUGGACUCCUGGCUACCUGCUCAGCUGACACGAUGGUGCAUCUCUGGCAUGUACCACCCCAGGGCCUCAUCUCCAGCCUGUCAGCGCCUGAGGCAACUUUAGCGCCAUUUGACAAGAGAGUGGAGCUUGUGGUGUUCAAUCCUGCAGCGGACGCCCUUCUGUCUGUCUGCUGUGGCGGGGCUGUGACUCUGUGGGAUGUGAACACGUCUAAACAUGUCUACGGCUACAGUGACCAUGGCGACCAGAUCCUUGGCCUAUCAUGGUCGCUCGAUGGUCAGCUUAUGUCGAGUGUCUGUAAGGAUAAACAGCUUCGCAUCAUUGACCCGAGAACUUCCAAGCUGCCCCUCAAGGCUGACAGUCACACCCAGGCCAAGGACAGUAAGGUAUGUUGGCUUAGUGGCCACAACAAGAUUCUGACGACAGGAUGGGACAGUUCUCGCGCCAGGGAGGUAAAGAUCAGGGACACAAGACAGCUGGGCACACCCUACAAAACACUGGCCUUUGAUGCCUCUACUGGCAUACUACUACCGCUGUACGACCCGGACACAAAUAUGCUGUUUUUAGCGGGCAAGGCUGACACAAGCAUUGCCUAUUACGAAGUGACUGACAGCGAGCCAUUUUUGCUGGAAGGGAGACGGCAUGGUGGCACGCUACAGACCAAGGGUGCCUGCCUGGUGCCGAAAAGGGCCUUGGAUGUCAUGGCAGCAGAAGUGAAUAAGGUUUUACAACUUACGUCUUCUGCCAUUAUCCCGAUCAGCUUCCAGGUCCCAAGGAAGAGCUACCGGGAGUUCCACAGUGACCUCUACCCAGACACUCUCUCCCCUGAGCCGGCCUGCAGUGUGACCCAGUGGCUCGCCGGGUCACAGAACACAGUGAAGAAGACGUCACUGAACCCAUCGCAGCGACCUCAUCCUGACUGGGAGGUGCACAGAGGCCCCCUUAGUGAAUUCAAGACCCUUACAUGGGGGGAGGCACCCACCCCUUCCCCCCCACCCCCCAUCCCGGCCCCAAGGUCAAAGGUUGCCAAUGGAAAGGUAGAGGAAGCCCCGACCCCCAUUCCAAGGCCAGCCCAGCGAUCUUCCUUCAACAACAACAAGAACAACAACAACAACAACAACAAGAUCGGAGGAACUGGAGGAGUUGAAAUACUGAAGAGGAAUUUCAUGCCCGAGAACAAUCAUAAACAACAACAGGAAAGCAAGAAAACAACAACAUCGUCAACAACAACAACAACAACAACAACAACAAGUAAUAUUUCCCUGAUGCGGAGAAAUUUCCAGCCCAAGGAGUCGGAGGAAAGAUCGGAGCGAACAGAGGAAAGUGUCUCCAAGCUCGCCUCCAUUAGAAAACAGUUUGAGAAUUCUUCCUCCACCCCAUCGGAGGAGAGGAGGAAGGAGGAGGAAGAGGAGGAGGAGGAGGAGAAUGUCAAGGUCCAGCCAGCCCCCACCUCCUCUCCCUUGCCCAUUCGUCGGCCAACUCUCUCGCGCAGUUUUCGUCGUGUUUGCAAGUUCCGGCAUCUCCGUGGAUCUCCAGGCCACAAAACAACCCAUAUUGACAACUUACGAGACCUCAACCGGACCAUUCCCAGCGAGAGUGAUGGAUUAGCAGCCAACCGUCGCUGGGUCGCCGUGCCGCUGGGAGGGGGGGGUGGCCGCCUGGCACUCCUGGACCACACUGCCCCGGGGAGGGUGCCAGAAGGGGUGACGCCAAGUGUUGUCAACGGCACCAAUGUCACGGAUUUUGCCUUCGAUCCCUUCAAUGUCAACUCCCUGGCUGUCGCUUGUGACGAUGGAAGGAUCAACUUGUGGACCAUCCCAGAGAGCGGACUGAAGGAACUGACUAACACACCCACUGACACUCUGACGGAUCUCACUUCAAAUGAUAAGGUAACAGUGCUGCGCUUCCACCCUCUGGCUACUGGAGUUCUGGCAGCUGUCACUUCAGGCCAUGUGGUCAAGAUCUGGGACACACAGCUGCCAAGGGUGACUCUGAGCCUGACCAAUCAUCCAGACCAGAUCUUCAGUGGGGCCUGGUCGGGAUGUGGACGGCUAUUUGCCACUCUUUGCCGCGAUGGUUUUGUCCGAAUCUACGAGCCAAGGAAGAGUUCAACGCCAGUUAUGGAUGGUGGCGAUGGUGGUGGUGGUGGUGGUGGUGGUGGUGGUAGAGGAGGGAGGAUACUGUGGGGCCCCAAGGAUGAACUGCUCAUCACCACUGGGUUCAACAGGGUAUCGGAGAGGCAGAUCAGCGUUUACAGCAUCAAGGACAUCAGCAAGCCAGUCACCACUAUCGGCAUCGACGUUAGCCCAGCAAUCUUGACACCAUAUUUUGAUCCUGAUUCUGGAGUCCUGCUGACCACUGGAAAGGGUGACUGUACAAUCUAUGCUCAUGAAGUGGGGCUGGAUUUCCCGCACCUCUUCCCCUUAACACACCACAAAGCAACCACUGUUCACCAGGGUCUCGUCAUGCUGCCCAAGACUCUGUGUGACGUUAAGUCGGUUGAAUUUUGCAAGAUGCUGCGGCUGACCUCUUCAACCCUGGAGCCUCUCACCUUCUCAGUCCCCCGUGUCAAGACUGAGUUCUUCCAAGAUGACCUAUUCCCACUAACAAGAGUCACCUGGGAGCCUGUUAUGACUGCAGCGGAGUGGUUUGGGGGUACCACGCGCCCCCCUCGCACCCUCUCUCUCCAGCCCCCCGAUAUGCUGCCCUUGUCGGAAAUCCAGAAUCCACCACCAUCACCACCAACACCGGCCACCACCACCACAACCACCAACCACCACAGCCAGCACCAGCAACACCACCACCACGUCCGACACCAAACUCCACCAUUUUUGAAGGGAAUGGUGCCCACUGAAGUGCGGCAGACUCAGCAUAAGCUUGAAGAAUCACUCAGUCAGCAAAUGGAGCAGGUAACAACAAGCUUAGAACAGGACCGAAUGGAGGGAGUUGAUUCUACUGAGUGGGAGGACUAAAAAGAAGAAGAGGAGGAGGAGGAAGAUGAAGAAGCGAAUGAAGGAAGAAGAGAGAGGAGGAGGAGGAGGAGGAGGAGGAGGAGAGUGGUGUGUGGGCAUAACCUCAUUGUUCACACAGACACACACACAGUUUUAAUACAUUCACACACUACUACUACUACUACUACUACUACUACUACUACUACUACUACUACUACUACUACUACUACUACUACUACUACUACAGGUUGAAAAUCCCUUAUCUAAAAUUCCUGGGUUCGAAAGUGUUGCCAAUCUCGGAUUUUUGCGGAUUUCGGACUAUUCACAAGAGGGUUGCCAAUACUUGCAACUUGGAUUCUUCUUUGGUCCCUGAAUGCAGUUGAGUAGCGAGUGACUUCCGGAAAAUAGAAGGGGGGGGGGAGUCGAGGGGGGGGAGCUCCAUCGGUAUUAUUCCGGGAUAUAAAGUAGUUUUUUGAGCAUGCAAGAGACUGCCAUAUUGCCUGCCAGCCCCCCCCCCUGGUAGGUAGGUUGCGGAAAGUUUGGAUCCAUUUUUCCGGCCUGUGUUGCAAGAAAUUCCUCCUGGCAGAAAUAAGAAGCUCUGCGGUCCAUCACACUUGCCCACUGGGGGAACACACAGCAGGAAAAAGAGUACAUUUGCCUGGUUCUGUUCUUAUGUGUCCACCUGUGACCGUUGUGAGUGGUGAGUGGAAUAUAGAAGCAGUUAGGAAGUUGAACCUCUCUGUGAGCUAUUUCUGCGGCUUUGGGUGCGUAACAGGCAUUGAAAAGUCAGUCAUUUAGUGAUUUAUUGAAAAAAAAUACUUAUCUCCUUAAAUAAACAGCAUCAUUUUUUAUAAGUAGUGACUGCAUUUUUUGGUGAACCACAAAACCAGCCCGUGAGAUUGUAAGGGUCGCCUGAAACACUUAAAAUACACGUCAUAAUGUCCCUCCAUCCUUCCCCCUGCUUCAGUGAGGUCGAAUUUUGGCCGCUUGGCACUGAUAUUGGUUUUUGGGUCCUAGCUUUAUUUUCUCACCUAGGUGGAUAAUAUUUUUACACUGUGUAUUAAUAUGCAAUGCUUCUAUACCAGUAAUAUGGUAAAUUUAGUAAGCUGAAGUAGUUUUUGUGUAGUGCGUUAAGUUUGGCGAUGACGAAAGGCAUUCAGAAUCACGUAAUAGCUUCAAAACUAUGGGAUGGGAUGGGAUGGGAUGGGAAGGGAUAGGAAGGGAAGGGAAAGGAUGGAAAAGAUAAUGGAUAGGAUGGGAAGAAAUGGGAAAGGAUGGGAUGGGAUGGUGAAGGAAAGGAAGGGAAAGGAUGAGAUGGGAUGGUGAAGGAAGGGAAGGGAAAGGAUGGGAUGGGAUGGUGAAGGAAGGGAAGGGAAAGGAUGGAAAAGAUAAUGGAUAGGAUGGGAAGAAAUGGGAAAGGAUGGGAUGGGAUGGUAAAGGAAGGGAAGGGAAAGGAUGGAAAAGAUAAUGGAUAGGAUGGGAUGGGAUGGGAAAGGAUGGGAUGGGAUGGUGAAGGAAGGGAAGGGAAAGGAUGGAAAAGAUAAUGGAUAGGAUGGGAAGAAAUGGGAAAGGAUGAGAUGGGAUGGAAUAGGAAGGGAAGGGAAAGGAUGGAAAAGAUAAUGGAUAGGAUGGGAAGAAAUGGGAAAGGAUGAGAUGGGAUGGUGAAGGAAGGGAAGGGAAAGGAUGGAAAAGAUAAUGGAUAGGAUGGGAAGAAAUGGGAAAGGAUGAGAUGGGAUGGGAUAGGAAGGGAAGGGAAAGGAUGGAAAAGAUAAUGGAUAGGAUGGGAAGAAAUGGGAAAGGAUGGGAUGGGAUGGUAAAGGAAGGGAAGGGAAAGGAUGAGAUGGGAUGGUAAAGGAAGGGAAGGGAAAGGAUGGAAAAGAUAAUGGAUAGGAUGGGAAGAAAUGGGAAAGGAUGAGAUGGGAUGGUGAAGGAAGGGAAGGGAAAGGAUGGAAAAGAUAAUGGAUAGGAUGGGAAGAAAUGGGAAAGGAUGAGAUGGGAUGGUGAAGGAAGGGAAGGGAAAGGAUGGAAAAGAUAAUGGAUAGGAUGGGAAGAAAUGGGAAAGGAUGAGAUGGGAUGGUGAAGGAAGGGAAGGGAAAGGAUGGGAUGGGAUGGUAAAGGAAGGGAAGGGAAAGGAUGGGAUGGGAUGGUGAAGGAAGGGUAGUAUUAGUAGGCAAUUUCCUUUUGAUCACAGACAAUAUACACAAUAAAGUACCUAAGUUACUAUUUUCGUACACCUCGCUGAAGUUACAACAAAUUUAUUACACCACAAAAUGUUACCUUUUUUUUCGUCAAAAAUUCGAGUUUUAUAAAUGUCAUAAAUUUAUUUGAGGGAAUUAAUGCGUGAUCACAGUACGUUUAUUACAGACGAGGGUGAUAAUCAUUUUGCUACCUGUAUUUUAAAAACUGGUCAAUUACUGGCAGUUAUUCAAUAUUAUGUGCGCCAAAAAAGUCUUGAGAAAAACGCAUUUUUGUGUGACCAUCCUCAAUACCCCAUAAAAAUCACUCCAACAUGCACCAAAUCCAAAUAUUUACUUCCAUAACUCUUCGGCCAUUCCUGGAAGGUUGGUAGUGGUUGUUUAGGCAGGCCAGGCCACGUCACAUCACGCUUACGUCACCUGUAUAGCCCCUACGGAAAGUGAGUUCUUCCUUGCCUGGUAGACCUCUAAAGAAACCAAGGCUCCUGGUCCUGUGUUAUAAUCACAUUAGAUUAUAUAACAUUUUUGGUAUAUUAUAUAUAUCUAAAAUUAAAAUACCAUAUUCACUGGGUCUUGGUGGAGCCCAACCCACCUCAUUGUUGCCAGGAAGCAGUUUGUUUAUAAGUUACCAGGCUUGAUUUUCUUUGACUUCUUUGCUGCUUUCUGUGGUGUUAUAUUCCUUUUAUCCAUCCUCUGUUUGGAUAACACGCUCUGUGAUGUCAUGGAUAAGCCAAGGUGCUGCAGGAUUUUGUUAGCCUCAUAUCCAAAAUUGUGCUCAAUGAUGGUGAGUUGAGACGCAAAUUUCACCCUCUGGAGGCCAGCAAACUUAGCCUUCCUUUGGUGGUGCCAGAGCUUACAGUCCUUCAUCUCUGUUCUGGGUCUCCUCGCGGGCAUCUUUCAAGGAGGCCAGGGCUUGAUAAGGCUAAGAAAACUUCCCUCACUCUGUCCUCGUAUUUGCUGUCCAGUUGCAUGUUAUUUUUCAGGGUGUCAUGGGAAGGGAGUGGCUUGUCUUCAUCCUCGGCCUUGUUAAAGACACGCCAAAAUUCUGACAUGAUUUUCAGUUUCAUGGUCAAAACAUUAGUGUGAUUGCAUUUCCAUAGUACCUUUGGAAAGCGUCAAUCUGCUUGUCUGUGAGUUGAUGCCUACUGCCAACUAAACUUGUCCUGAUCAUGGUCAAAACACUAGUGCCAAUACUGUCCCUGAUUGCUUUUCCAUAGUACCUUUGGAAAGCAUCAAUCUGCUUGUCUGUGAGUUGAUGCGUACCACCAGCUAAACUUGUCCCGAUCACUAUUCCUGUUUGAGUUAUCUCCUCCCUCAGUUCAUCCUUCGUUGUCGUGUACCCAGUUGCUCUUGCACAUGGUUGACACACUCCUCCACAUCACUGGCUAGCAUACGGUCCAAUACCAUUGUUCAUUCGAGUCUCCAUCACUGAGGAAUGUUAUAUAUCUCUAUCCUUUCCCCUCACUUCUUUCCCACAUUCUCACUGCUCCUUCAGACUCCAUAGCCCCUGAUAAUCCACUGAAGUUAGCUCGGCACUUUCCUGAAUGGAGUGUUCUGUACCAUUCAUCAUAACCAGGUUUUUCUUUCUUUUCCCUCAUGAUUGCACAGGCCCUACAAAAAUUGCUCCAGUGUCUAUGUCCAUCACAAAAGCAGCGUCAAUUAGACUUUGGUGACCUCUGGUGAGCCACGUACCAUCAAAUCUAAUAUCAACACACAGUUUUUCAUCAUCUCUUCCUUUCCCUCGCUGUUCAUAUGCCCUCAGAACACAAUCCUUCGUCACAGUCUUUUGUUCAGUCACAUUUCGCUAGAUUGAUCAGCGCUUGUAAUCUUUGCAAAGAUAUACUAUGGCUGGUAUUACAAGAUCCUUUGCCACAUCACAUCAGCUAUUUCUAAAGGUCAAAGAUGGGGUCAAUUGGGUUUUAAUGAGAGGUUCUUUAAGUUCAUGGUACAGAGGAAGGGUCACACUACCACCAGGGUCAUAAACCUACCUCUGGAAAUGCCCACAACUCCUAUGAAAGCCUUGUCAAAUAUGUGUUUCCUUAGGUUCACAGUACAGAGGAAGGGUCACACUACCACCAGGGUCAUAAAACUACCCCUGGAAAUGCCCACAACUCCUAGGAAAGCCUUGUCAAAUAUGUGUUUCUUCAGGUUCAUGGUACAGAGGAAGGGUCACACUACCACCAGGGUCAUAAAACUACCCCUGGAAAUGCCCACAACUCCUAGGAAAGCCUUGGCAAAUAUGUGUUUCUUCAGGUUCAUGGUACAGAGGAAGGGUCACACUACCACCAGGGUCAUAAAACUACCCCUGGAAAUGCCCACAACUCCUAGGAAAGCCUUGUCAAAUGUGUGUUCUUGGGCGGGGAAAUGUCUUGCAAUGAGCUUUUCCUUCACUAUCCUUACAAGUUGGAUGAGC